UCAGGGCAUAACUCCAACAAUCUCCCACUUGCACUAUGGCCAAUCUGGCAUCGGUCUAAUGCCCAUGGACCUAGUGUGACCCUCAUGCUUUAGCUUUCCUAAAGGCUUGGUCAGGGGAUCGGCUAUGUUGUCGUCAAUUCUUAUGCCAAAGACAUAACUAGCAUCCCCUAAGUCUUUCAUGGAGAAGUUCUCGCUCAACCACGUCUUUACAGAAGUGAGAGCGGGAAUAUCGUUACCCAUUAACAAUAUGUCAUCGACAUACAAGAUUAGGAAUACUAUUACACUCCCACUGACCUUCUUGUAUACACAAGAUUCGUCAGAGUUCUUCUUGAAACCAAAACUGGAAAUGGUUUCGUCGAAACGUAUGUACCAACUCCGAGAUGCUUGUUUCAAUCCGUAGAUUGAACAAAAUUUUGCAAACUAGGUUAUCUAUCAUGUUUAAUAAUUAAUUAGGCCUUUAAUUAAUUAUCUCCCACUAUUUUUAACAAAUCAAUAACCCUCGAUAUUGAUUCGGAGCUUUCCGGCGAAACCUCUAGUGGGCCAAGAUCCAUAUUUCAUUAUCUUGCGUUCCGCUUGGGCGUUACUCCACAAGACAACUAUUUAGGUAGGAACAUAGUUCCAACUGAUGAGCCGGGCUCUCAGCUCUUGGUCUGGUGUUGGGCGAACAAUAUUACUACAACCGGACUAGGACACCUUUUCACCGUACUUGUAAUUGGCUGAGGCACGUCUUACAAGCAGACUACUUUGGUUAAGAAUAGAGUUCCAAUUAAAUCAUAAAGAUCCAACUCCUGG